AAUCGGACGUGUGACGUACCAAUUUUGUGUAACUACGUCUGGCUUGCCACCGUGACUUCAGAAUAGGCCCGUUUUUGAAUGCACGCAGUCAAUCGCACGGCGUGCAGUCCGAAAACAUUUUAUAAAACGGAUUAACGUUCGACGUCGGACUCAACGUUGCGUGGAAAGCGGGCUUCAAGUUGGCAAAGAGCUGACCGAAUUUGUGCAACCUAAAAUGAGAAAGAACAUGUUCAAAUUAACAUAAGAAGCACGCAAGGUCAUCGCACAGUGCGCCAGUGUGUCUCCAGUAGACCGCAUCAUACAGUGAGGGAUUUUCUGGAUACUUGAAUAGUGCAGUUUUGAAUAUAACGAUGUGUGAAAAACGUGGUAUAUUCGCUUUUCUCACGGUACUAUUGGCCUUCGACGGUUACACCACAGCCCAGUUCGCGCCGGAUUUUAUCCAUCCAUGCAACAACACAGAGUCAUCCUGCUUAAUUCAAGCGACGCAAGAUGCCAUACCCGAGUUCUCUAAGGGCCUGCCAAACCUUGGAGUGCCGGCGUUAGAUCCGUUCGUAAUUGAAGAGCUGCCUAUUCAGCUUCCCGGAGUCAAAGUCACGUUCCUUCAGGGAAAAGUUACUGGGCUAAGGAAGUGUCAGGUGUUGAAUGUAGAAGCUUAUCUAGAAAGAAAUAUAUUCAUGCUGGAAAUUAAAUGCAACAUAACAAUCAAAGGAAAGUACACGGCAGUCGGAAGGUUGCUACUGUUUCCCAUAAAUGGAGAAGGUGAUUCUAAAAUAAAAAUCGUCAACUCGGUCAUAAAACUGAACAUAAAGACGAAGUACUUCAAAGAUGCGGAGGGCCGAGAUCACUUCGGCAUAAAAAAUUACAAAUACACGUUUGACUAUGGCGACAGAGUCCAUUAUACCAUCAACAACCUAUUCAAGGGGAACCCGGAAUUGAGUAAUACAGUAUUACAAUUCUUGAACGAAAACUGGAGGGUAGUGACUGAAGAGUUUGGCCAACCGGUUGUCGAAUACGCAAUGAACGUCACCAUUGAGACUGCGAGGAAGUUCUUCAAUGCAGUACCCUAUGACGAACUGCUUCAUGUGCCUAUACCAAAAUACUGACCAAUAAGUUAACAAAUAUUUGUGCCAAUUUCCUCAAAGUAUUGAAUAUGGAGUAUUUUUUCUAAUGUUUGGUUUAAUUGGACAUUGCUCCCUGGCAAUCAUUGAGUUACUGUGUACUAGUAGAGAAGCUGUUACAAACACAAAUCAUUUCGCAACAUAACGGCACAGGACUGACUGAUUGCAAAGUAUUUGCAGCAGUCAAUUAUCUAUAAGAUGCAGCUUUAAAACAUUAUACUAUUAAAAUAUACAGCGCUAGAUAGCUUAUAGUAUUGUUUUCUUGUGGCUAAAAGCCAUAAAUUAGUAAGCACUUACACGUUUCACUCAACAGUAAGCUAGCAAGACACUAAAGUGCAGCGAUAUCAUCGCAAUUGAGCGGAACGCAGUAAUGACUAAUGAUGAGUAGUGUCUUCUCUAGUACGUAGUACUCAAUGUCUAGAAUAUAACAACACGACAGUUCACAUGUUGAGUCAAACCAAAUUCGUUUUUCUGUAUCCAUCAACUUCUUUAUCUUCAUUCAUCCAGCAAAAUACUCGCAUUUUUUUGACUAAAUGUGUAGACGGAAAUAUCUGUAAAAGCAACGAAAAAUGAGUAUAUUAUAACUGAAUAUGUAAUUUCGAAAAGCACAUGUCUGGAAAUUUAAAAUGUCCAGGAAUUUAAAAAAAACUUAUUAUUUUUCAAACCAGUGUAUAAUUUGUAAAAAUGACUAUUGUGUUACAUUUUGGUGUUAAUUAAAAUUAUGUAGUAUAAAGUUAAUCUUAAUAAGUUAUUACAUAUUUAUAUUUGUGAGAUGUGCCCAUGUGCCUUUUUCGGAAUUGCAUAUUCAACUAUAAUAUUGGUCGACGCUAUAGUGCGCUAAAAAUUUUGUCUGCCAAUGUACUUCUAAAUCUCAAGAGACCUAUCCUACAUCAUUGAAAAACAUUUUAUUAUUUUAUUUAGUUAUAUCUUAUUAACAUUUUUAAUGUUGUAUCUAUCAAGAAGUAAGUUAUUGUAUUAAUAAGUUAAUGUUAAAAAUGUAAUUUAACUGCGUUUUUAUGUUGUUAAUAAAGAUUUUUAAUUAAUUCUAUUACAUAAAAGCAAAUAGAAUACAUUAAAAACAAAAAAAAUAGUUAAAUAUUUUUCAUGAGGCAUAAAGUUUAGAGUAAGUAAUAUUUAAGUAAAAUUUCAUGUAGUUUGUACAUAAUUUAACCUUACCUACCUAAUUUUUUAUAUUAAAAAUAAAUUCAA